AUGUCGUACACACUACGGGACGGUCGCGUCAAUGAACCCUCUGGGUCGAGUUCAAGCGCUUCAUGCAUUUGUGGCAUUUGCUCUGCCAACAUCACCUCCUUGUCCUUGUCCAACCGCCAGAUCCACUACGAUACCCAUUUCAACGAUGAGCCUCAAGUAGCGACAAAUGAGACCAAGGCUUCCCCGAGUAAACUGUCGAAUUUCUUUACCCCUACCCGUUCUGCCGCGCAGCCCAACUCAAGAGAUCGUUUCUGGCACUCGGCGCAGCUGCCAUCCUCUCCACCAAAGAACUUUGUGCCUGGGCUUAUUCCAUUUCUCAAGACUCAACUGAGCAAGUCACAUUCCACAGGGUCGACCAGACGAGCCGUUUUAUGCCAUGAGCGUGCUGUCCUUGUUUUAAGGCAAUCGUGGGAUGCUAAUUGGGGUUGUGGAUAUCGAAACUAUUUAAUGGCUUGUGCAGCUCUCAUGGACCAACAACUCCAACCGAUGUAUUUCCCACUACUUGACGAUCCAAUUCCUCCCAGCAUCUUCAACCUGCAACGCAUCCUUGAAGAAGCAUGGAGUCACGGUUUUGACCCUGAAGGCGCUCGACAGCUGGGUCACCUAGUUGGGACGAAGAAGAAGUUGGGGGUAGCGGACAUUCAAGUCGCCUUUACAUACCGCAACAUACCGUCACGGUUGGUAGAGUUUGACCUGAAAGACAAAGGCGCCGAUGUUUUGAUCAACUGGUCUGUGGAAUAUUUUUCCCAGCCACACGGAAUUGUAGACAAGGAGAGUAUAAGACGGCCCCAGACCAUCAACGACGCGCUGCGUGGGGCAGCAGCCGUCACUACAACCUCUCGAAUGCCAUUCAUUCUCCAACAUGAUGGUCAUUCACGCACGAUAGUUGGGUACGAAGUGACCAAGUCCGGCGACAUUAAUCUUCUGCAAUUCGAUCCAUCACAGAUGCUGCCCGACUCGAUGCGGGCGGCUGGGAUUGCCUUGUGGGAGGACCAUAAUAAGCCCGCAUCCAGCAAACGACCUGCCGCAUCUUCCUUCUCCCGGACGCCGCUUAAACGCUCACGAGUCAACGAGAAUGAGGUUAUCGAAAUCAACGACGAUGACGACGAUGUGCUUGUUCUUCCUAGCCCGAAAUCGGUACCCAAGCCUGACAUCCGUGGCGAGAAGAUAUCGCCAGGUGACGUUUUGAAGGUAUUCCGACUCCAGCCAAAACGAAUACUCAGGCAGAGGAAAUAUCAAGUCCUCUAUUUUCCGCUCACAUCCCCGUUGACCGAAGUAGAGAGACGGGCACAAGCAGCUAAUGGAUACGGGGAGAAGAUUUCAUAG